GGUAGGAUGCGGAUCCAGGAGAGAUGUGUUCUGCGCGCGAUCGCAGUACUCUGCCUGUUAGGCGGAGUCGUCACUCUGACGGUGGACGUCGAGACAGGGAUUGAAACGACCACUAUCGGCGCCGUCGUUGAAGAAGUGCCAGGUGUCGAACCUCUCCGUGUCGACGGCAGAAACGACACGACGACGGACCGGAAGUUGGAGUACCCGAGCAAAGAGCAAGAGUCGAAAACGACGAUCGAGCCGAAGAAGAAGCCGGUGGAUUUCAAGAUCAAGACCGAGCAAAAGUACCAGAAAACCUUCAAGGACGAUGACUCGAAGCGUGGAGAAAGCACGGACGCCGUUACUACGACGAUGGCCUCGAUGUCGACGACAAACUCGAUGGAAGAGAUGACCACGAGAUCGAUGGAAACGGUGGGAUUCACCAUUCCCUUUCUGUUUCGUGGCGAACCUAUCGUGACCGUAACAAACUCGUCCACCGUGGAAUCGUCUGUGAACGACGACACGUCGUCGACACCUGAGAACACCACCGAACGCUUAACGGAGGAGACGAUGUCGUUUAGGGGAAGGGCGUUGAAUAUCUCAGCACCUGAACCGACCAAUUCCUUGCACCCUAAUAUCACCGAUCUGAGCGACGUUAGCAUGGACGACGACGACAAAGAAGUCGAAGGCGGCGAAUACGUGGCGUCUCACAACGAAACCACCAUGAACGUCUCCUCGACUUUGCUGCCAAGGAACACCGUAUGCACGGAGGGGAACAAUACGUACACCGUGGGUGAGAAGAUCGUGAGAGGUUGCGAGGAGAAGUGUGUUUGCGGCGAGGACGGUACGGCGAUGGAUUGCGAGCCCCUUUGCUCCUCUCCGUACGUCAGAGCUAACCGAGGAGUCGAGGAUCCUUUGUGCCAAGAGAAAUUGAUCAACGAAGAACCGUGCUGCGCCAUUUUGGUCUGCGCGGCUGAUUCAGCUCCCGAGCCGGAAGAGACCUGUGUAUUCGGGAACAAAACGAUCAUAAGGGGUCAACGCGUCGAAGACGGCUGCUCGAGGGUGUGCAUCUGCGAAGCAGGUGGAAAUUUGAAGUGUCAACAGAGGUGUCCACCGAACGACACGAUUUCAGUUACCAAUCAACACGAUCGUUGCGUAGUACUCACCGAUCCAAGGGAUUCGUGUUGCACGAUCACUCUGUGCGACGUUACUCUAGGGGACCACGAGAUCAAACCGGAAGCUUCGACCGAUUUAAACGUGAACCUCACGGAUGUCAAGGUGCUGAACUCUACGUCGAUUAAGGUGAAGUUGUCCGCGAAGAAUCCGCAAGAUGUGACUGUGGAGAUAUCGGACAAUAAUCACGUGUGGAGGCAGCAGAAGCCUGACAAAGAGGGUAUCGUGUCGAAUCUCGAGCCGGCGCACUCGUAUUACGUUCGAGUGACGGAUGGAACUCGAACAGGACCCGCCUUGCAAAUAUUCCUCCCCGCCGAAGUCGUGAAGACCAAUAUCUCCGACAAGAUGGCGGACAAAGGUUCGUGCAGUCACAUGGGCAAGACGUACAAAAUCGGCGCCGAAUGGUACGACGAGUGUAUCUCGUUUUGCACAUGCGUCGAGGGUGGUAAAACCGAAUGUCUCACCAUCGAAUGUCCCACCGACUUCGGUCUGGACGUUCUCAAUCCUCACUGCCUCGACUGGGAGACCGUGCCGCCUAAUUUCGUCCCUAAACCACCUCAUUGCUGCCCUCAGGAAGUGCGGUGCAGGAAUAAUGGCUCGUGCAAUUACGAGGGCAACACGUACGACAAUUGGAGCGAGCUGCCAGCGAACGUAACAGGAUGCGAGAAGCGAUGUUACUGCGAGAUGGGGAACGUGUCCUGUCAGGCCGCUUGUCCGCCGGUUCCAGCUCUGCCACCUGCGACCCUGCCGUGUUAUCAGCCCGCCUUGAUACAUCUACCGAGUGACGAGUGUUGCCUCGAAUGGGGCUGUAAUCAUCAGUCUGGUCAGUUGCCGCCAGGAACGAACGCGACGCCCGCGUUACCCGGCCCCUUAGCCACAGACACGUUCAAUCGACAAUCGAUCGACGAUAGCAAAAGACCGAAUAACAAGUCGGAUUCGCCGAUAUCCAGCCAGCAACCGGAUUCUGCAACUUCCUCCUUGCGGGAAGAUUCGAAAGACGCUCGUCCUCCGUACACAGACACAACAGUCACCACAACACACGGACUCUUCCACUACCCCAUGGAUCCUGGACACCCGACCAUACCGUACAACGGACCGUACAGUCCCGACUAUAAGCCCACGCAUCCCACGAUAGAGGACGUCUUCCAUUUACCCUCUCACACAGAAAAACCCCCGUCGCCGAGCAAAGAAAAAAUCACCACCAAGUCUAAGUCGGACGCGAAGAAACCGCUCGAACCUAUCGUUAAGCCUCACAAAGACGACUACUUCCCUGGACCGUUGGCACCGGACAAAUACCUGGAGAAAGCUAGCUCUGCGAACACCAACGAGAACCAUCAGUUCAUCCCCGGCCCUGUAAAUCCGAAUAAACUGCCACCAGCGGCGCAGAAAAUUCCUCACCCUACCGAUCAACCACAAUUCGUUCCGUUCGAUCCGCAUCAAGAGAGCUCGGUAGGACCAGGAUUCGCGAUCGUCUCCACUAAUCGCGAUCAACAUUUCCCUCAAGUGAAUCCAGCGGUUGUUGGCCCACCCUAUCGUGGUCCGUUACUGAACGGACCAGACAGUAUCGAUCCAAACGUGAUCGUUCCGGUGAUUCCUAAGAAGAAAACUACGCCGAGCGAUCUGUUCGACGGCGAGAAGAUGAAGGCGCAACAGGGAGGAGUGAAAGCAGCCCAACGAAAUCCGAAUCAGGAGAUCCUACCGGAAGAGCUCUACCAUCUGAUCAAUCUGCAACAUCCAGGCUUGGUGCAACUGGAGCAUGCUCCGCCCGAAGGUCAUUCGGGACUGUACGACAUUCAUCAGCAGAUAUCCGGACAGAAGCCUAAUAAUCAUAUACAGGCUGGUUACUUCCCCUCGUCCGGCUCGAAGAAACCCUCCAAGCCGCACAUUUACACGCAAAAGAACGAAAACGGUCAAACCACGUAUCAUAUUCACACACCGGACAUACCAACCUCGCCUCAGCAGAUCGAGGAACUGUUAGCCCAUAUCGGUCAACACGAUCCCAAUCCUGGACCGUUCCAACACUAUCCCGGACAGGCAGCCAUACCACAUAACGUGGCUGGUGGCUCGACAGCCACUUUGCCACUUCACAUUGACGCUCACAUACCGCAUACAGGGCUCACGCACUUGAAUCAUCCGUUCGCAGCACAAACGCCCAACCAGUCAGGCAUGGAGCAUAAUGUACAGCCAGCUGGGUUCCCAUUACCCGGUACCAUCCCUGGCUUCCCUGCAGCUUCAUCCGCCGACGAAGUCACCGUGCAAAUACUCGAGGCCCUCGACGAGAACACCGUGCGCCUUGUGUUCACUGUACCACAGGUUCUAGUCGGGCUUCAGGGACGCGUGGAGCUGCGAUAUGCCAACGACAAAACGAACUUCGACGUUUCUACGUGGAAAUCGCAGGUGUUCGCUCCACCGAACGAUUUAAUCGCGACCCCGCAGCUCGAGUUCGAGCUGGCCGAUCUGAAACCAUCUACCGAGUAUAAAGUGAAGAUCACGGUAAAACUGAAGGACCUGGCUAACAGUCCCACCAGUAAGAUCUACAGCGUGAGGACGCUGGAGAAACGAGCUGAGGCGACUACGUUGCCCCCUCAGAUACCCAUCGACGCAGAGCUCCACGUCACGGAGACGAAUUCCAGCUGGAUCAACGUGAUGUGGAGGAAAUUCACAGAGUACGAGUUACAGUUCAUCGAUGGCGUUCAACUUAGGUACAAAGAGAACGUCGGUAAGGUGUACUCGGGUACACCGUUGAUCCACAGAGCGGUCAGGGAUUACGUGAUCGAGAACCUGAAACCAUCGAGCAUGUACGAGGUGGGCAUUAUCUUUGUUCCUUUCCCAGGACAAUUAACAGAGUUGGUCAGCGAGAAAACGAUUCAAGUGAGCACGUCGUCGAUGGAACCGGAUCCGUACUCGUUCGAUGUCAAGGUAGAGAUCAAAACGAUCAAAUCAACCGACGUGGAGGUAACGUGGACCGGUGUACCUUAUCCAGAGGACAAGUACGUGAACAUAUACAGAGCCAUCUAUCAGAGCGACAGUGGCAAAGAGGACACGAGCACGUUCAAGAUUGCUAAAAGGGAUUCUCACCCGAAGACGGUUGUCAGCGAUCUUAAACCGGGCACCAGGUAUCGACUGUGGCUCGAAGUUUAUUUGACCAACGGUAGGAUAAAGAAGAGCAACGUACAGGAUUUCGUGACCAAGCCUGGAGUUCCUCUGCCUGCCACUGUGUCGCAGCAAGCGGGAAAACUUGCAUCCGUACCCCUUCACGAGGGCGAUUAUUACGGGCCAUUAGUGGUGGUCGCCAUUGUUGCAUCUUUAGCCAUCCUUUCGACCUUGAUACUCUUAAUGAUGCUCAUGAAAAGGCGGACAAGCAGUAAGGCUGACAUAUCCUCCCGUAAAAGCACGUCUGCGUACGACAAUCCUUCCUACAAGACUUGUGAGGACGCCAUCACGAUAUCGAACGGUAGGAACAAAAAUUCGGACCACGAAAUGGCUACCAUUAACAGCAACCAUUUGAAAGAGACCGCCUAAAGGUCUCUAUAAUUUAUUCGAUUCUAUUUAUUUAUACGCCCCUACUGUAUCUUCGUCAUCGUUGCCGUCGUAGGUAUUUCUUGAUUGAAAGUAAUGAUCGAGCCGAUGUAAAU